ACGCAGAAAUGGGUAAGAAACGCCGAUUGCCAGUUGUAGACGUCGGCGAAGGACCCUCGAGUUCACGACAGAGAGUGGAGGAGCUGCAAGCCGCCCAUACUAGUGAUGCUAGGUCACAGCCCUCAGGAAUGGAAAGGGACCAUCCAUUGACAGUUGUGGAAGUUGGCCAAGGUUCAUCACGCACACGAGACAUCAUGGAGGAGGAGUUAAGGGCUGCCUAUGAUGCUGAGCACGCAAGAUGGGAGGAAGGAGAUAUUGAUGAUGAUGAGACACAGGCGCCUUCUGGAGAAGAUUUGGUCCAACAAACCGCACCAUCCACUGAUGGGUGUGCAGAAGAUUCAGUUCCAGAAACCCCAAUAUCCAAUAAUUUAAAUAAAAAACGUGGAAUAACGCUAAUGCAGCGGAUAUGGGCUCUUCCGGCGAACAAGAAACUUGUAUGUGGGUUAAAUGGGAGCCAGCAGCCGGUUGGAGAAAGCGGGCAAACAUUCAAAAGGUGGUUGGGCACCUUAUGCAUCUGCCACAACUAUUGCCCACUUAUGCCAAGAACUUGGACGCAUGUCGACCGUAAAUACAAAGAAGAAGCUUGGAUAGCGAUAGAGAAAAAGUGGAUCAUUGACCCAGAGAUUAUCAGACCAGCUAAUCAAAUGAACUGGGCAAUGCACUUGCUAGGGGAGUUGAGAAGAAAUCGAAGGAGUAAGUUGAAAAAGAAAUGCUACCCAAAAGAUGCGUUGAAAGAUGAUGUCUAUAAAAAUAAACCAUCUUGGGCUGAGGAGCAGGACUACCGCGCACUAGUUGACUAUUGGUUUGAUCCGAAAACGAAGACAUUAUGUGAUACGAACAAGAGAAGUCGUUCGUUUCAGAAGGAUAUAGCGAGGACAGGGCCUAUAAGUUUUGCCCAAACUGCGGACAAAAUGGCAAAAGAAAGCGGCGAAGCAGUGGAGCGUGCAGAUGUUUUCAUAAAAGCAUACUGCAAGAAAGAUGGGACUCCUAUUAGUGAUGUAGUGCUACAUAAGAUUUCAAAAAUGAAAGAAAUUUUAGACAACGGGGGCAAACUAAAAGGAGACCGUCGCGAUGGAAUUCUUUGGGCACAUGAUGAUGCGUUCGCUCAAGUGAUGGGCAAAGAAAGUUCUGGACGUGUUCGUGGGGUCGGUUUUGGACCAACCCCAACAGGAAGAAGUGGGUCCAACCUGCCAUGUUUGCCUGGGCCGUCGUCCCCUGAAACGGCCCAACGGAUGACUGCAUUGGAAAAUUCGAUGAGGGACCAACUUGCUUACGCAGAGCAGAGGCAUCAAGACCAGAUGGCGUCAUUGCAUGCACAACACAAGGAGGAAAUUGCCGAAGCAUUGGCCGAAGCAAAGCGGGAGUCAGAUGCACGGCAUGAGCAGCAGCUGGCCGAAACAAAGCAGCAGUUGGCCGAAACAAAGCAAGAAAUGGCUGAAACAAAGAGGAAAAUGGAUGAAAUACUAGCCUUCUUACAAAAGACGCCAAGCAGUUUAGGUUUUAGCAUUUUGUCAGGAUAG